AGAUCGACAAAUGGACCCACAUUGCAGUCUCAGUGCUCGCCGAGUGAGAGGAGGACGAGCAUCAAUCCUCUACUCCAGGUGGAAAGUUUAGGUCUUGUGAUAAGACGAAACGUUAUCUUUCGUCGACAUUGCUUCCUGAGAGGACGACUAUGCCGAGAGUGGAAUGAAGUAGCCAAGUUAUCAGACACAGAGACAGAAAACGAAUGAGGAAGAUGGCAGCGGACUUCCUGGACAGUAACCUUCUUAAUCCGACUGCGCCUUCAGAGAUAUCACUAAAAGAGGCUAGACUGAGAAGGGUCCACCUCGGGGAACGAAAUAAGUGGAGGCUCAGCCAGAACGAGGCAGAAACGCAAACGCAACAAAGAAAAGUCUUGUCCUGUUCUUUACGUAAUGGACGUCAAUCUGCCAACAACAAAACCGACCUCGCCGGAGAUCAGCCACCCGGACGUAUUCUAGAGAGCUCCGACGAGACAUUCUUGAAAGGCGUUCCUAUACAGGUAUUGCUGCACAGCACAAAUUUACGACAGAUGCAAAAAGACCUCAUGAAAUACGACAUGAAUAUAGACACGUAUUGCAAAGAUGUACUGAGUGAGAAAAUGAGACUGGGAAUAGAACACCUGAGCAACCCUUCUGUCUCGCUGUCCGUUAUAGAAGAGGAUAAAGAAGCGCAGGCGGACGUCCUGAUCACAGGGGAAAUGAAAAGAAAUGAAAACGUGACGACGUCCGAAGAACCAUCAGGUGAAACACCUUUAUACCAAGACAGCUGUGGCAGGAACCUCUCCUACGCUCAGAAAAACCGUUUGUACGGAUUGCAUUGUUUUUUCAAUGCGAAUUCGAGAAGAGGCGCAAAGAAGGAGGACAAAAUACUUUUAGUAAGAGAGAGCACUUCAGAACUGGACCUGCGCCAACAGAGGGAUUCGCCGCCAGCCAGUCACGGCAAAAGAAAGAACGAGCUGAGGUACUUUCUGGUCAAACGAAUCCAGAAUCUGUGGCACAGAUGGUUGAAAGAGAAAAACAAGGAUGCGAUACCGGUGGAAGUUUCCGCACCUGAGAACAAGAAGACGAAGAAGAAAAAGAAGAAGAGGAGAUUAGGAAAGAAGAACGUGUAUCGAACGGGACGUCGUUUGGGCAAGAGCGUCGUAGGAAGCUUAGUUAGUAUGUCCUAUGCCUCUCCUACAUCGUACUAUCGGGGUUACCUCGUUCGGGAGAGGUCCUUUGACGCAGGAUCGGUUCGAGGCCUUAGUAACCCCAGAGGUUCAUCUUGGGGCUGUGGAAACUAUCCCAUCUAAGGCUUGAAGUGGAAGUAACGUCAGCCGCAUCGGCUGCCACAUCCAGAAGCGCUUUUGCCACGGGUGUAGGUACAUCGGACACGGCAUCGCCAACAUGACAUCCAUCAUCCCUGAGGCGACCUACGCCGGGUCACCAGAUUACUUCAAGUCUUACGCUGACUACGAAUACAGCUGCUACGACUACGAAUUCAGCGGGUACUACGACCCUAAUGCGCCAGACUGGGACUACACCAAAGGAUUUUACGUGAGGUCUUGAAAACUGGGUCUUUGUUCAAAUCGAUUAAGAUCUCACGAGACAGGAAUGAUACUUGCAAUGACUGAAUCCAGGUCGAAAGUGAACACUUGCGUUUACUGAGUGUUUUCAGCAAAGAUGCUUUGUCUUUGACAUUGUUUUUUUAAUCGUUAUCAUCAUUAAUAUCUUCAUAAUGCGCUUGUAUUUAAGGACCAACCCUUAAAGCCAUGAUCUGGCUUAUCAUACCCCUAAAAGAACAGAUUGUUCGUAUGUAAGACAAGGAACAAUAAAAAAUAUUGAAUAAAUAAUAGAAAAAAACAAGUAUGCUUCUAUAUACAGUUCGCUGAAUAAAUUAAGAAAAUUUACAGUUGCACGGAUAAAUGGACUCUAGAUUCAGGUGCGUCUUGAUGCAAAUAGAACAAGAACCAAGUUAUUACUAAGUACUUUGAAAGGAUUCCAAGGUUUCAGACCAGCAGCUGAUUUACUAUUAAGAGUCACCACCUUUUGAAUUAGAUGUUCAAAGACAGUCUCAUAGCCAUCUGUUACAACUUUAUCAGAAAUGAGAGACUGGUGACAAUAUGCAAUCAGUCUCACAAACAUUAGAACGCAUGAAGGUCAAGAACAUAACAUGUCUCAGUGGAUCUGAAAAAUGCAUCAUUAGGUAUCUGAAAAACCAAAAAGGAUUAUAAAACUUGAGGCUCACUUACGAAUGUCUGUUACUAUAAAAUUUCGAACACUGCAGCAUUUUCUAACUGUUAAAUAAAGCAUUAAAAUGGGAUUAAUGAUGCUUUAAAAGUGUGUUGAAUAUAUUAAUAAAUUUUUCCCUAAGUCAACAAAAGAUUCUUCUUAACCUUAUGCUUGAUAUAUAAUGAACUUUAUAAACAAAAUAAAGCAUUCGAAUAAUA